CUCAUAAAUUUCCUCAAGAAACGAGAUCAACGCCUCGAAGAAAAAGUGUUGCCAUGAACUUGUUUGGCAAAGGUGUUGGUAUGAGUGGCAAAUUGUUUCGUAGUCGUUCUGAGACGGAAGGAAUGUCAAGGACAUCUAGUCAAAUAUCAAAAAUUAAGAUGAAUACAUCUCCCAUAUUAAAAUUGAACGUCAACUCUUUAAACAAAUUGUUCGAUUGGUUGACGUUAAAAGAGUUACACGCCUUAGCUCAAACGUGUCAACGAUUUAAGGUGAUUUGUGGUGCAUACUACCUGUUAAACUAUACGCCGAGUGCAGUGUGUAUUGAUGAUGGAAUUGUGGCGCAUCGUCAUCAAUCGCGUGGUGUAACCUAUGGUUAUCAGUUAAAUAUAUUCUGUCAAUACAUUGAGAAAAUGAUCAUUCCGAGCGGAUCACAAAAUCAAUUCCGUUAUGCCGAAAUGAAUUGUGGCAAAGCCUUAACAGCCAUUCGAUUCGAUGGUGUUGUGAUGACCGAAUCGAAAAUCAAGUGCAUCAAACGAUUGUUAGCCAAUGUGGAAGCCGUGGAAAUUGUCGAUUGCAAAAUGUUCAUCUAUAUCUAUGAAGGAUUUUUAAAGUACUGUCACAAGCUAAAGCGCUUAAAAAUUCGGAAUAUUCAGUUCAACACAUUCCUAAACAAGGACAAAGAUUGGUUGCUUCGAAAAUUUCCAACGCUCGAACAUUUGGAUUUCACCAAAUGCAGCAGUAUCAAACGAAGUGAAUUGGAGGUACUUUUCAAACAGAAUCCAAACAUUCGCACCUUUGAACUGGAUAUGGAUCAAUUCUGGGAAAAUAAAAUGGUUUUCUUGGAGGCGUGCAUCAUGUGGAACGAUUUGAUUAUUCAUUUUCAAGACGCAAAAAACCCAAUGACAUCAACCAUUUACAGUUUACUCAAUACAUUUUUCAAUCGAGGCCAUUUUAAACGGCUUCAUUUGCGUUACAGUGAAGUUUUGAAGCAGCCGUUUAUUGAUCAAAUUGCUUCAUUGUAUGCAGUCGACACGAUACACAUGAAGGAAGAAGCGGGCAGCUGGUUGCCAUCAUUGAUCAAUCUGAGGGAAUUGUACACGUUUUGUGGAAAAUUGAAUAUGGAGAAAACGGUUAGCAAUCUGGCCAAUCUUGAAAAAGUCGUCUUUUGGGAGGCAAAUGUCGAAGAUGUUCUAGCGAUUGUUAGGAAUUCGAUGCGAAUAAGGGAGAUUAAAAUUCGAACACUCAAUGAGAAAGGACGGUUCAGUCCAAAUUUUAAUGGAAAGAAUUUUUUCAAUCAAAAUCAACUGAAUCUAACGGCUCUGAACGAGGAACGGAAGAAAAUUCUCGGCGCCCGCAAAGUUUCCAUUUUUGUGAAUGAAGACAUUUUUAUUGCCACCAAAUGGACUACCGGUGAAACCGUUCACAGUUUGAUCGAACUUAAACGGGUCAUGAUGCACGAAUGGAAUGACCUUUUUCAAACAUAAUUUGAUGGGCGGUGAUUUUUUUGGGAUUAUUUAUGCAUUUGUUUGGUGUGACUCUGUUAAAAAAUGCGUUCGGGCAUGAAGUGAAGCAUUUGCAAUGCUUUAGUUAUCUAAUUGAUUUGAGAUUUUAUUCAUUUUAAUAGAAAAUUCAUAUUCUUUUUUAUGAAUUCGGUUUUCUUUUGUAAGAAUCUUGAGUCUAUGGUUAGACUGUUCAACACUUUGAACUUUUCAUUCAUUUUGAAACCAGAAAUUAUCCGACGACUCACUUGGUUGUAAUAAUUUAUUUUAAAGUAUUACUCAUUUUCAGAUAAUUUCUAUGCGUUGUACAUGGUUAUUCACUUGGGGUAAAUCAUCGUCGAAAUAUUCAUGGAUUUAGUCAUACUCAAGAUUAGCAAUAAAACUUACGGGAUAAGUCAGUUGAACAAUAAUUCAUGAAUCAAACGCACAAGCCAGUUAAGUUGAUAUCAGCAAAUUAUUCAAGCACAAAUGUUCAGGUUUAUCGAAAAUUAAAAGAAUUUUUGCCUAUAAGGGUUCAUAGUUUUAUUCACUAUUUUUCAUAAGAAUUUCAACUUCAAUUUUUAUGUUUGGAAUUUAUUUUCAUUCCAUUGUUUCACCGCCAAGUUCUUCGCGAGAAGUCUGAGUCAUUCGAUAAAAAAAAACACAGUUUCAUUUUAAACGUACAAAGAAAUUUCAUCAUUGAAUUUCAUAUUUUAAACUAUUUCUUUCUCAACUUUUAUGAUUACUUUAAUCGAAAUUUGAUUUGAAUGUACUCAAGUAUUCGUUUAAUUGAAAUUAUUUCAAAGUUAUUUGUUUGUAUUUUUUCGAGAAUCAAUAGCUUAAUCUACGUUAACUUUGUAUAUCCGUUCAAAUAAACAAAUUAGAAAGAGGUAACAAUUCAACAAGGCAUAAAUUCUAGAACGAAUUCGAUAAGCUCCUUAUUGUUGAUUGAAAUGCAUUUAAGAAAGAUAAAUUACAAGCAUAAAGUUGAUUGAAACGGUCUAAAAUGCAAACUCAAAACAACGUCCAAUACAAUUUUCAAUCAUAAGUACAAAUAGUAGAAAUUGCUUAUUGUUUUUGAA